UAUAUAUUUCUUUAUCGAAUGAGAAAUUCACACGCAGAAGAAAGACAUUCAUUCAUACCCAGAAAUAUCUAAAGGGAGAAAUCAAGAUCAUAUGGAGACUACUUUAAGAAGAUCGGGCGAUGGUGAAGAAGGUGAUCAUAUUGAAGCUAAAAGGAGCCUGCAGCAGUCCAAUGAUACUGAUGAAGAGAAUUCCAAGAAUGAAGUUAUGCUACUUAAGGAUGAUGAUCAAUUGGAAUCAGUGAAAGCUGAAAUGUGUAAGGUGAGACAAGAGAAUGAGAGGCUUAAAGCGUGCUUAGAUAGUAUGACCGUGGACUAUCAAACCCUCAAAACCAAAUUUCAGAACAUUGCUCAUGAGCAAGUGCUUGAUCAGGCUCCAAAGAAUAAAUUUACGGAUCCAGAGAACGAACCCGAAUUUGUGUUUCUCAGCCUUGGAAGGUCGUCUCCAGGUCAGGCAAAGGGAGAUGAUCCCUACAAGGAGAAAAAUACAAGUCCUAAGAAAAUGGAAACGACUGCAUCUCCGGUUAUCAAUUUACAGGAUAAAGAAGAGGGCUCAGUAAAGCUUGGACUAAACUGCAAAUUUGAUCAAGAGCCAGCUUGUUUGAAGCCUGAUCGAAGCAUGGAGUAUAAUAGCCCAAGAGAAGUCGUAGUUAAAGAGACAUGGUCACCUGAAACAAGCCUCAAAACAAUGAGAUCAAGUGGUGACGACGAUGAAGUUUCAGUGCCGCAGAACCCUGCAAAGAAAGCCAGGGUUUCUGUCAGGGUUAGAUGUGAAGCCCCCACGAUGAAUGAUGGGUGCCAGUGGAGAAAAUACGGGCAGAAAAUCGCCAAAGGAAAUCCUUGUCCUCGUGCAUAUUAUCGUUGUACUGUUGCACCAUCUUGUCCGGUCAGAAAACAGGUGCAAAGAUGUUCACAAGACAUGUCCAUCUUGAUUUCCACAUAUGAAGGAACACACAGCCAUCCACUUCCUUUAUCAGCCACCGCCAUGGCGUCCACCACUUCAGCAGCAGCCGUCAUGCUCUUAUCCGGCUCAUCCUCAUCCACCUCUGAACCAGGACCUAGCCCUUCAGCAACUGCUUUUGCAGCUCAACAACUCCAUGGAUUCAACUUCUAUCUCUCCAAACCAAAUUCUUCGUUUUACUCUCUCAACUCUUCCAACAUCUCUUCCCCUUCAUGUCCACCCAUCACUCUGGAUCUCGCUAAUAACCCCUCUCCUUCCCUUUUCAACCGUCUUUCUCCUGCAAAUUACACACCAAAAUAUCACAACUCCUCUACUAGUAAUCUCAAUUUUAGUACUACUACUUUCGAAUCUAACACUGCACCAAUUUCUUGGAGCUAUGGAAAUAGUAGCCAUCAAUCUCCGUAUAAUCAAGCUAUGAGUUCAUUUAACUUUGGCAGCAGGCAGCCACAAGAGAAAAUGUACCAUUCUGUCAUGCAAAACAAAAAUGGCACAAAUGUUGCUCCAACUCAACAAAAUUUUCAACCCCAUUCUAUUGAAGCUGCAACAAAAGCAAUCACAUCGGACCCGAGUUUUCAAUCUGCAUUAGCCGUUGCUAUAACCUCAAUUAUGAACACAAACAAUAAUGCUUCUCCAAAAGUGAAGUUAGAACAACCAUCUACAUUAGAUAAAAAUUCUGGCUUUGGCAUGCAGUACGCGAACUCGCAACAAUCAAACUUGAUGCUAUCAUCAACUCCAUUGCCAAUGUCUAGCUCCAGGAGCAACUCUUCUACAUCACCUGGAGAUAGUAAGUAGAUGCAAAGCUUAAAUGAUUCGGUUACCAUGUCAGUAUUUGGUACUUGAUGCAAUUGUAGCUGUUUAACGAUUAUUUAAAUUCUAAUAGUGUACAUGCACAUUAUAUUACUCGUGAUCCAGGCUGUGCAUGAAUAUUUA